GUAGACCCGAAGCGGUGCUGUACGGGAAACGUCAGUUAAUGAGGAAACACUAUUCGAGAGAGGAGCAGACUUCUACUAAAGUCCUGUCAACUAUACGAAGAACUAUUUGCAGCCAUUAGAUAGCAAUGGACGGACUCUGACGGCUGAAGCUACAAGCUGUUUUAAAAAGCUACUUCAUCCUCAGUAGCAGCAACUGAUGUGAACACAAUGGCAGAAGGGGAGCGCUUUGUGAAAAAACACCAAGUCAAUCUGAUCAAGAGAGUGAGCAACAUUGCACCCAUUUUGGAUGAUCUCCUCCACGAAAACAUCAUCCAACGAGAUAGUUAUGAUGAAAUCAAGACUCUGCCUACCUCUCAGGAGAAGAUGACGGCGCUCUUUAGUGGGCCUUUGGAAUCCAGCGGAGGUCAAGGAAAAGCGAUGUUCUACAGAUUCCUGAAUGAACAUGAGCCAUAUCUAAUUGAUGAGCUCAGGAGAACGGAAGUGCCAGUGGAAACAAUGAUGACUGCUGAAGAGCUGCUUUUGGAAACUCUCUAUGAUUUGAGCUCCGAGGAGUUAAAGAAAUUCAGGUGGUUGCUGCAGUUCAACUUCCUCCACUGGGGCCUUCCACGAAUCUCAUGGAGACGACUGUAUUGGGCACACUGGGCAAACCAACUGGUGGAUGUGUUGGUGGAGAUAUGGAAUCAACAGUCUGUGGAGGUGACCAAGGAGGUUUUCAUGGACAUGAACAGGACUGAUCUGGUGCAGAGGCUGUCGAAGACCAGCUCAGGACCAAAAGAGAAACACACUGUGGGUGAACAUUGGCCUGGACUGAUCCAGAAAGUGGAAACGAUGGCGUCUGUUAUAGAGCUGCUUUUGGAAACGCUGGCUGGUUUGAGUGACGAGGAGCUCAAGAUGUUCAAGGAUGUCUUCUGGAGUGAAAUUGACGAUCAUAGACAUUCCUCAGACAUCGAAUUGAUGCAGUUAGAUGUAACAGACAAUCAGGACAUGGUGUUUUUAAUGGUGCUGAGCUACGGCCAACAGUCUGUGAAGAAGACCAUGGAGGUUGUAAAGAAGAUGAACCGGACUGAUCUGGUGCAGAGGUUGUCACACAGCAGCUCAGGACCCAAAAAGAAACUCUCCGAUGACCACAGAUCUGCACUGAUCCAGAGAGUAGCAACAAAAGUAGCUGUUAAACAGCUGCUUUUGGAAACCUUGAAUGAUUUAGAUCAUUCGGAGUUAAAGAAAUUCCAGGAGUUCCUGCAGUUGAUCGUCUCACAGAAGAACCUCCCAGACAUCUCAUACAUGUUGAGACGAACAGCAGACAGUGAAGAAACAGUGGAUCUGAUGAUGCAGCUCUACGCCCAUCAGUCUGUGGAUUUAACCAGGGAGGUUGUUGAGAAGAUGAACAGAACUGAUCUAAUGUGGAGGAAUUCAAGGAUCAGCGUAGCACUCAAAGGUUUUAUUCCCCUGAAACAUUUGAAAUGGCUUUCCCCCUCAAAAGAACACUCUGUGGAUGAACAUCAACCUUCACUGUCAGAGAGCGUGAGUCUGACUUUACACAUUACAGCUUUCAUUUAAUAGAUGCAGAUUGAAAACCAUCCUGUUACCAACAUUAUGAUCAUUUAUAAUGUUUGUAUCAUCAUUUAUAAUGUUACAAAUAUUAUAAAACAAAGUUUCUUUGAGCCACUGUAACAGAAACCAGAUGUUGUGUUAGAUCAGAUGGUAGUAAUCAGUUUACUGGAGUUAAAGGGUUGAAGGAUGAAGGGAAUCAUCUU